AUGCAUCUCAAUUCCCGCGUCCACCGUGGCAAGCAGAUACAAUGCCCCCUCUGCAAGGGCUGCUUCGCCACGGCCACGGGCCUUACCCACCACGUCGAGACGGGUUCGUGCCCUAACGCCGUUGGUCUGGGCCGUGAUACCCAGUUCAAGUUCGUACGUAAUAAGGACCCAGGCGGUAUUAUUACGAAGAACAUGAUCGGCUGGUAUGGCUCUGCACAGUACGAGGCAACCAGCAACUCGUACAACUCCUACCAUCAAGGCUGGAGUGCUAUUUCUGUCAUCGCCUUUUCGGAGCGUUGCCUAGCCUAA